AUGUUCCAGCACGACACGCUGGAGGCCAGCUGCGGCGAGGUCAGAAUGGCGGACGUGGAGGGUCCGGUGCUGAGGCAUCUAUUGUCUUACGUGUACACCCUGCAGGCCCCCCAGCUGACCGGCACGGCCCCGGAGCUGUUGGCGGCUGCCGACAGAUAUGGCCUGUCCGCCUUGAAGGCCGCCUGCGAACAGCAGGUGCUGGCGCAGCUGGAGGUGGAGACGGCGGCGGCUGCAGCUGUGCUGGCGGUGAGGCACUCGUGCCCCAGCCUAACUGCGGCCGCCAUCCACUUCAUAAGGUCUCAAACACACAAAGUAAUGGUGACGCAGGGCUGGGCAGACGCCGUGCUGCAGUACCCGAAAGACAUCGUCGAAGUCAGUCGGCUGCUCGGUGAGCCACCAGCAGAACCCAGCGCGCCGGCCGCCCCCGCUGCCCGGCCGCCCAGCGACAGCAGCCGGACCACCACCGCCGACCCCGCCGACCCCGCCGACCCCGCCUCCCGGCCACCCAGCGGCAGCAGCCGGACCACCACCGCCAACCCCGCCGACCCUGUCGACCUCGUCGACCCCGCCGCCCCCACCGACCCCGCCGACCCCGCCUCCCGGCCACCCAGCGGCAGCAGCCGGACCACCGCCGCCGACCCCGCCGACCCCGCCGACCCCGCCUCCCGGCCGCCCAGUGGCAGCAGCCGGACCACCACCGCCGACCCCACCGACCCCGCCGAUCCCGCCGACCCCACCGACCCCGCCUCCCAGCCGCCCAGUGGCAGCAGCCGGACCACCACCGCCGACCCCGCCGACCCCGCCGACCCCGCCGACCCCACCGACCCCGCCUCCCGGCCGCCCAGUGGCAGCAGCCGGACCACCACCACCGACCCCGCCGAUCCCGUCGACCCCGCCGACCCCGCCGCCCGCCGAUCUCCCCAGCCGCCCGACAGCGCCGCCGUCUCCCGCCUGCGCCGAAGUGUGUCAGUUGCGGCCGUGCGGCCAUCGGAGAAGGCGGCGGCAGCCCUUGCAGGCGAGCCAGCCGAGUACAGGGGGCAGCCCGGCCGACGCUCGGCCCUCCCUGCAGCUCGCGUGCGCCACGCCGCAGCCGCCUGCGUCUGCAGACACGGCUGUCGGCUCAGUCUAACAUUCGACCUGUCGCUGGCAGGCGGUAGGGGGCGGCGCUUGCGGGGGCCGCCUGCAGACGGCGCAGCCUGCCCUGGCCGCCCUCUGCCCUGGACGCGGUACAGUGUGUCCGUCAAGUCGUGCGCCCUCUCCGCUCCACAGUGCUGUCCCGGCGACCCAGUCUGGCCACACAGCCUGGCGGCGCUCACUCCCAGCUCAGCGACUGCACCGUCCAGAAAAACACGGCACUGCGGGGGCGCGGCGGAGCAGCUGCGCGAGUUGCUGGCGGCGGGGGCGGACGUGGGGGCGAGGGUGCAGGUGUUGGGGAGCAGCUGCACCGUCCUGCACGUGGCAGCACGCGGGGGUCACGUGGCGGCGGCCAGCUGCCUCGUCGGCGCCGGCGCGGAGGUCGACGCCAGGAGCAGCCCGGGGCAGCGGACGCCCCUGCACUGGGCUGCAUACAGGGGCCACGCUGGUGUGGUGCGGCUGCUGGUCGGCGCCUCUGCUGACCCCAACGCCAGGGAUCGGUGGGGGUGGACGCCGCUGCACAGUGCGGCAGAGAGGGGCGAGGCAGGGGCGGCGGCUGAGCUCCUCCUGGCGGGGGCGGACAGGGGGGCCCGGGAUGAGGAUGGCAGGACCCCCCUGGACCUCGCCAGGAACAACAGAAAGCAGCAGCUGGUGGAUAUGCUGACACAACGCUGA